GAUUUAUAACUGGCCUUAAUGAACUGGCAACCCUACGGCAUCUCUCUCCGGCUCUGAGCGAAACGGUCGCAUUUGAGUUGUUCGCCCAGCUCAGCUGUCAGGUUUGGGGACGUACGUACAAUCUAGAAAUGAAAAUCUGGACUUCAGAACACAUAUUCAACCAUCGCUGGGAGACCGUGACCAAGGCAGCGAUGCAGAAGUACCCCAACCCGAUGAACCCCGGCGUGGUGGGUGUGGACGUGCUGGACAGACAGGUGGACCCCCAAGGCCGCCUCCACAGCAGCAGGCUGCUCAGCACGGAGUGGGGGGUGCCCUCGUUUGUGAAGUCUAUCAUCGGAGUAUGCGGGUCCCGUACGUACAUCCAGGAGCAUUCCGUGGUGGACCCCAGAGAAAAGACCUUUGAGCUGAAAUCUACUAAUAUCAGCUUCACCAACAUGGUGUCCGUGGACGAAAGGCUUGUUUACCGGCCACACCCUCAGGACCCAGAGAAGACUGUGCUCACACAGGAGGCUCUCAUCUCUGUGAAGGGAGUCAGCCUCAGCAGCUACCUGGAGGGCCUGAUGGCCAGCACCAUCUCCACCAACGCAAGCAAGGGGCGAGAGGCGAUGGAGUGGGUGAUUCGCCGGCUGAACGAGGAGAUCGAGGACCUGGCGGCCACGGCGCGGGACACUCUGCUAACCCCCAUGGCCGCCGCCGCCACGGAGCAGUGACCAACCGCGCGUCCGCCCCCCCGGCCCCGCCCACACCAGGCCCCGCCCCCUCCUCCCACCGCGGGAAACUCCCGCGGUCAUUGGCUAUCUAUAUUAGAUAUGAGCAUUCUCAGUGCGGAGCACACUGCUCCUUUAAAACUCUAUGGGGUGGGGUUGGGGGUCGGGGGUCGGGGGUUCUGCAUGCGGGACGUCCCGGCAGAUGCAGCCAAACUUCAGCGGACAGAAGAGACGUUUCAUUUUCCCCUCCGUUACGUUUACACCUCCCUGCACUCGCAUUCUCUCUAUCGCUACACCUGCGCUAUGCUAGCAGACACUGUGCUCCAGACCCUGCGCUACAGACUGUGCUGAGCUCACCUGGCUGCAGGUACAAGCUCUGCACUAGCAGACCCUGUGCUACAGACCCUGCGCUACAGACUCUGCGCUACAGACCCUGCGCUACAGACUCUGUGCUGAGCUCACUUGGCUGCAGGUACAAGCUCUGCGUUAGACCCUGCGCUACAGACUCUGUGCUGAGCUCACCUGGCUGCAGGUACAAGCUCUGCGCUACAGACCCUGUGCUGAGCUCACCUGGCUGCAGGUACAAGCUCUGCGCUACAGACUCUCUGCUAGCUCACCUGGCUGCAGGUACAAGCUCUGCGCUACAGACUCUCUGCUAGCUCACCUGGCUGCAAGUACAAGCUCUGCGCUACAGACUCUGUGCUAGCUCACCUGGCUGCAAGUACAAGCUCUGUGCUACAGACUCUGUGCUAGCUCACCUGGCUGCAAGUACAAGCUCUGUGCUACAGACCCUGUGCUAGCUCACCUGGCUGCAAGUACAAGCUGUGCGCUACAGACUCUGUGCUAGCUCACCUGGCUGCAAGUACAAGCUCUGUGCUACAGACCCUGUGCUAGCUCACCUGGCUGCAGGUACAAGCUCUGCGCUACAGACCCUGUGCUAGCUCACCUGGCUGCAGGUACACGCUCUGCGCUACCUGUGAGCCCGGCAGCGGGUGCGAGGUUUCGGAACGCCAGCGGUACGGGGCUGGGAACCCGAUGGACGGAGGUCACUCUCACGCGGCCAAAACUACGGGGACGAACAAAAAACGGAUUGUGGACCUGUGGAACUCUGAACAAACUUCUCAGGAUUCGGUGGUGUGUGUGUGUGUGUGUGCGUGCGUGUGUGUGCGCUUGUGUGCAUGUGAAGGAGGGCUGUGGUUUCAUUAACUCAGCUGAAAGCACUCUAACAGGUGGUUCUGCCAGACAGACAUCUCCACACUUGAAUGUCAUGUACUGUAAACUCAUUUUGUUUUUAUUUAUCAUCAUUUCUAUCAUCAGCGAUGGUAGCUUAACAAACCGAACAAAGAAGACAUUUAAAAGCAGGUUAUGCUUUAUUUUAUUAUGGGAAAAAAAAAAAAAAACGGUCAAAUGCAUUGUAGCCAAUCAGUUAUGCUUUCGCAUAAUGUUAGAUGCAAGACUGAGGUAAAAAAAAAAGUAUUGAAAAAAAAAACACCAAAUAGAGAGGAAUGCACUGCAGCGAAUGAGGAAUGUGUAUUUAUUUGGAACGCUCGUGUUUCUGAAUGCCAGUGUGUAUAAAGAGGGUCCAAAACUCUGUACAUACCUCUGAGCUAACUUCUGCAUCUAUCAGUGGCCACACUUAUACGCCUGAUGCACUUAAUUAAGGCUUCAAUGCUUUAUUUAAAAAAAAAAUUAAAAAAAACAAAAAAAAAACUGUUAUGCAGUUCUUAGGCAUUAGUGAAAUUGCAGUGAUGCUAAGAAGGUAAACUAAUUAUCCCUUAAUUACACGCAAACCCGACCCUAUGGGGAGUGUUCUCGUGUUUUACUGUGACCUUGCUAUUGCAUUGCGGUAUUGUGCAAGUUUGGAUCUGUUACACCUGUCGCUACCUAAAAACACCACUCUACCUGUGCAUCUUUUCUUUGUAGGUGAGUGUCUGCUUGACUGCCAAGACUUGAGUGUGUGUUUUUACGUGUUACUCACUAGAAAAGAAAAGUAUUACCGUGAAGUGUUUCUUAGUUACUGCAAAUUCUGUCUUCUGUUGAAAAUAUGUUCAUGUGUUGACGUGAGUGUGAGAAGCUUUUUGAAACUGCCGCCUGAGCAGUCUAACCGUUUGUGACGUUGGACAUGGACCGUUUAAAAUGUUAUUUUUGAGCUCGAGCGAUUUAACGUAAACGGCACUACUGUAUAAACCCAGGCCAGUGAAUUUCCUCAGCUACCCCCUGGUUGUUAAGAGUUCCCACGGCUAACAUUAUUUCAUUAUGAAUAUAUAAAAUACCUCCUGACAUAAAGAAAA